AUGUGUUUUACCAAGUGUGCAAGAUGUAUCGGCUUUUUUCUGAUAGCUUUGGCAAUCCUUUGCAUUAUAGCAAACAUUUUAUUGUUUUUUCCUAAUGGAGAAACACAAUGGGCCAGAGAAAAAAACCGUUUGACCACAUAUGUAUGGUUUUUCCAUGGAAUUGGAGGAGCUGGACUUGUUAUGCUGCUUCCAGCUUUCGUGUUCAUUGGUCUGGAAGAAGAAGAUUGCUGUGGAUGUUGUGGCCAUAGGACCUGUGGUAAAACCUGCGCAAUGCUGGGAUCCAUUGUAGCUGCAUUAAUCGGAAUUGCUGGUGCUGGGUACUGCCUCAUCAUUUCUGCACUGGCCUUAGCAAGAGGACCAUAUUGUCAGACAAGUUCAGGGUGGACCUAUCCCUUUGAAAAUUCUAAUGGAAUGUAUCUGACCGAUCACUCCACAUGGUCCCAAUGCACUGAGCCAAAUAAUGUUGUAGUGUGGAAUGUCACUCUAUUCUCCAUCCUGCUAGGCCUGUCUGGAAUCCAGAUCAUUUUAUGCCUAAUUCAAGUCAUCAAUGGUUUAAUUGGUGGAAUUUGUGGUGCUUGCUGUUGCCAACAGAAGUCCCAGGUAAUAAAAAUACACUUUACACUUAUAUCUUCUGGUGCAGUAUAA